CAAACAUUACGGAUGAGUGCAGGUGGAAUGUGGCUUGUUCUUGACACGAGUGGACAGCUAAGCUCCUGGGCUCGAGGCUGAGCGUUCAACUCGCAGCAAACAUCCAACUUUACAUUCCGCGCUCACGGCAACUUCUUCGUCGCAAUUUUCUGCAACAACACCUAGGAGUCACUUGAUCUUGUUUCACGACACACCCAAGCACCAUUGCUUCCAUCAUGGCCGACGCUGAAGAGAAGGCCAAGGCCGAAAAGCUCGCCGCCGCCAGAAAGAGAGUAGAAGAGUUGAAAAAGAAGAAGACAAAGAAGGCCGCUGGUUCAUCAAAGAAGGAAAAGGCCGAGCCAACAGCGGCAGAACCCGGCGUCUCGAAGGACAAGGACCCCGAAGCCGAACCCACGACACCCGCCGAUCCUGCCACCGAAGACACGAAAGAGGACGAGAAGGAAGCUACGGAAGCUAUCGCGGAGCAACCAGCAUCGCCAACUGCAUCUCAACCUUCACUAGCUCAACAGUCCAAGCUCCGUUCUGCGUCCUUCCGACAAGGAUCCGUCUCCGCCGGCAAUGGUCCUCUUUCGCCCAGCGCCGAGGCUCCUGAAGGCGAGAGUGCCACCGAUAUUUAUCGAAAGCAGCACGCUCGGAUAGAGGAGCUUGAGAAGGAGAACAAGCGUCUAGCCAAGGACUCUACCGAUGCGGAGAGGAGGUGGAAGAAGGCCGAGGAGGAGCUGGCUGAUCUGCGUGAGACUGAGGGCGAGGGCAAGGGCGGUCCAGACAGCCAAGUCGAAAACCUAAAAUCCGAGAUCGAGGCCCUUCAGCGCCAGAACUCUCAGCUCCAGCAACAAGCUUCCCGCGCAGGUGGCCGCCACGGAUCCUCGCCAUCGGUUUCGAUGUCUUCUCCCCCCGCCGAGCUCGAGGCCCAGCUUGCCUCCAAAACCGCCACUAUCGAGUCGAUGGAGAUUGAAAUAUCAAAGCUCCGCGCACAGGUGGAUCGUCAGACUAGCGGCACCUCCUCCGAAAAGGAGCAGAUUGCCGCUUUGGAAGAGAAACUCGCGCGAUCUGAAAAGGCCGCCACCAAAGCGCAGCAAGAACUGACUGACUUGCGGAAGAACCUUGACCGUACGGCGGAAAAGGCUGUCCGUGAGGGUAGCGAACGCACGAGCGCAGAGACGAAGCUCCGCAGCUUGGAGCAUGACCUCGCCGACUCGAUCGAUGCCAGGCUGGAGGCCGAGAAGAAGGCCGACGGCCUGGAAAAGAAGGUCACGACGCUGACCACGCUUCACAAGGAGCAGGACUCGCGCACUCAGACUUUGCGGAAGGAAAAGGAGCGCGCCGAGAAGGAGGUCAGUGAACUCAAGGCGCGAGUUGAGAGCCUCGAGAGCGAGAACACGAGGCUGCGGAGCCGUAAGUCCACCGAGGGUGGUGGCGGCCUGGAUGACGACGGCGUCGACGAGCUCGAGAACGAGGAGCGCUUGCGUCUCGAGAAGAAGGUGCGUGACCUCGAAGCCGAGGUCUACGAGCUCCGCCACGGGCACUGGCAGGAGAAGCGCCGCGAGCUCAACAGCCCCAGCUUCGAGAACGUGGACCUUGGCGGGAGCCGGGGCACGUCGCCGUCAGCGCACAGGAAGCAGGCGGCCGGCGGUGGCAUUGGAGACUUUUUCCAGAGUGGAAUCAACGCUCUCACCGGUACCGGGGACGACGAACUGCUCCUCGACGACGACGAUAUGGACUUUGACGAGGACGCGUUCCGCCGUGCGCAAGAGGACGACGCCAAGAAGCGUAUCGAGCGCAUCAAGGAGAUUAAGCGCACUCUUAAGAACUGGGAGGGCUGGAGACUGGACCUUGUCGAGAACCGGCGGGGCGGAUCCGAGGGUGUGGGCGAUGUAUUUGAGGUCUAGACUUGACGUCUAGAUAUUUCAUUUCUCUCUCCAGCGGCAAGGUCUACUGCCAGCUUCUGCUUAAGAUGCCGAGAAUCUCUUAGCUUUGUAGACUUGAAUCUCCUUUGACGCCUUAUUAUGGAGCGUCAUUUUCUCCGGUUUCAGACGCUUGGGAGGAAGUACUCUCUCCAAGAAAGCGUUAGGAUUUCUUGGGUUCAAGUCACAGGUGUAGAGUUGAGGGCUCUUUUGUUUUCAUAGAUUCGAGGGCCUUUUGAGCUCGGGAAUAUGUAAGAGUACAGGUAGACGAGAACUGAUAUCCAAACAAAGUGAAUUUCAACGAGCGUCACUGAGCUUGGUU